GGAACUUUUAUUUUGGUGUGGCGACCUGACGUCAAAAGGUUGCGCCGCACUCUUGUUCGUGUUGUGAUUCGUCUAAAGAAAGGACAAACACUAAGGAAAAACCCCUGGUGAAGCGACUGAGAUACACACGACACACUAUUAUAAAGAUGGCGUUUAUUAAAGAGGAAAGUGAAGACAUAAAGAUUGAAGAAGUACUCAGUUUGAAACGUGAAGAUACUGAGGAACAAACAAAGAUGGAGUUUAUUAAAGAGGAGAGUGAAGACAUGAAGAUUGAAGAAACAUUGAGAGUGAAACAUGAAGAUACUGAGGAACAAACAGACCUGAUGGCACUGAAAGAGGAGACUGAAGUAUUGAAUGAAAUGGAAGAGAAAGAUCCAUAUAAAAAUCAUGAUUUCAUGACUGGAGAAAAACAGACUGAAAAGAAAGGAUCUAGGAGUCACUUCACCUGCCAACAGUGUGGAACGAGUUUCAAUAAAAAAGGAAACCUUAACAGGCACAUGAGAGUUCACACUGGAGAGAAGCCUUACAGAUGUGCUAAGUGUGGAAAGAGUUUCAAUCAAAAAAGAUACUUUGAAGACCACAUUAGGAUUCACACUGGAGAGAAGCCUUUUACUUGCAAACAAUGUGGGAAAAGUUUCAACCAAAAAGGAAACCUUAAUAACCACAUGAGAACUCACAGUGAAGAGAAGCCAUACAUCUGCCCUCAAUGUGGAAUAAGUUUCACUCAGAAAGAUAGCUUCAACAGUCAUUUGAAAAUUCACACUGGAGAGAAGUCUUACACAUGCCCUCAGUGUGGAAAGAGUUUCAAUCAACAAGGAAAACUUAAAGUCCACUUGAGAAUUCACUCUGGAGAGAAACCUUACACCUGCCAACAGUGUGGAAAAAGCUUCAACCGAAAAGCAAUCCUUCAAAGGCACAUGAGAACUCACACAGGAGAGAAUCCGUUUACAUGCUUUCAGUGUGGAAAGAGUUUCACUCAAAUAGGACACUUUGUAGACCACAUAAGAAUUCAUACAGGAAAGAAGUCUUUCAGCUGCAAACAAUGUGGAAAAAGUUUCAACCUUAAAGAAAACCUUGACAGACACAUGAGAAUUCACACUGGAGAGAGGCCGUUUAAAUGUGGUCACUGUGAAAAGACUUUCAGAUAUAAAGUAACCCUCGAGUACCACAUGAGGUUUCAUGUAUGAAAGAACUCAAGUCAUCAGUGUGGAAUGAGCUUCACGGACAGGAAUCAUGUAAUAACUCACACCAGAAAUAAAGCAAAUCUUGAGGUA